GAGAAAGACAAACCUCAACUUCUUCACUCGCUUCAUUGCUUGCUCUGAGCAGCAGAAAAUGGGAAUGCCCAGAGGUAUUUGCAGCUGCUGCUGAUCCCAGCUGCAGCUCAGCCCUGUGCAGAGUCCCAGCAGGAAGCUGAGCCCAGCCCGGGGAGCUCACACAGUGUCAGGGAGAUUCUUUCUCUGAAUUCACUCAGCCUUGCAUUCCCCAGCUAUGCCUGGUACCACCUCCUGUUUUCUAGGCUUAGAACAGCAACAAUGCAAACCUUACCAAUGGCACAACUGCCUAAUCCACAGGGAAAAGGACAGAGAAAUUGUAAAGUUCUCCAGACAUUUGUCCUGCUUUGCUGGAAAAGUCGUGCUGCACUCACAGGAUAGAAAUCCAAGAGAAGCUGGAGUUGCUGGCACAUCUUGUAACAGAAGCUGGACCUCGUUCUCCAUGAAAGGUUCUUGGAAAGAGCAGCUGGGACAGUGGAGAAGAUUGCUGGAAAACUGAAACAGCUUUCCAGAAGGGAAAUGAAAAUGAAAGAAACAAACCAAGAUGUUUUCCUCUAUUUCUUCCUAUGCUUCCCUUUUCCAUGUUGCACUACUUGUCCAUGCCAUUAAUUCCAAAGGGAUCUCACCUCGAAGAUCGGUGACUUAGUGAGUUUUAGACACUCUAAAAUACCAUGGGCUGUACACACAGUUUGCCUUCCCCUGUUUUUGUUGUCAAGCAGUGCUGGAGACAUAAGUGUAGUGCUUGGAUCGGGCACGAAUCCUGCAGGCAGGGAAUGUGCCCCGGCAGUGUGUGAGCCUGAGCAGGGACAAUGCAGAGCAGCAAGCGAAGGGAAUCCUCCGGCACCGCGCAGGAGUCAGGACUCUGGGUCUGGGCUGCACAGGGCCAAGUUCCCGUGUUUGGACAGGCUCAGGGGCUGCCCCCGGGGCGCGCGGGGCUCAGCCGUGGAACGGACACGCGGACAAACGGCCCCGGGGCUUCGGCGGCAGCGGCGGCAGCGGCGGCGGCAGCGGCGGCAGCGACUCCACAGAGUCUACGAACUCAGCGACCCUCCUCAUCUCUCGUUCCUCCUCUCCCUCUUCCACAUUCCUGCACUCUCUCCUGGUGUCCCUUUCCCGGUCUCCCCAGCCCCUCUCGGUGUCCCCGUCUCGGCCUUUCCCUCUCCCCCUGCCGGGCCGGGCCAUGCCCCCGGCCCGCCCCCGGCCCCGGGCGGGGCUGCCCCGUUCCCGUCCCCGGGCGUCCCCCCGCGGUCUCGCCUGGGCCCGGCUCUGGCCGUGCUGGCGGUGGCGCUGUUGGGCCGGGAUCAGUGCCUGGGGCUGGGGCGGCAUCGCCACCCUUUGGCUGCGCCUGGGGCGGGUACGGCCUCGGCCCCGGUGCCGACCCCGAGCCCGGCGCCGCCUCCUCCCGGGCCCCGCGGAGGACACACGCGGCGCGGCCGCCCCCGCCACCUCCGCUGCGGCUUCCCCGGCCCGAGCUCCGCCGCUCGGCAGCGCAGCCGCCGGCCCCGAACCGCCGGGGCCCGGCGCGGGUGGGGAUGCCCGGCCCGGGCCGCUCGGGGGGCGCUCGGGGGCCGUGUCUGGCCCCGGGCCGAGCGCUGACGGCCGCGUGUCGCCCGCAGGGAAGGCGCAGGAGGCCCUGCAGGACCGGUACCGGCUGGGUUCGCUGCUGGGGCGCGGAGGAUUCGGCAGCGUCUACUCGGGGACACGAGUGUCGGACGGCGCCCCGGUGGCCAUCAAAUGCGUGCCGCGGGAUCGCAUCCGGCUCUGGGGCGAGCUGCCCAACGGCGCCCGUGCGCCCCUGGAGAUCGUGCUGCUGGACAAGGUGUCCGCUGGCUGUGCUGGUGUCAUUCAGCUCCUGAAGUGGCUUGAGCUCCCCACCAGCUUCUUGUUGGUGCUGGAGCGUCCGGAGCGGUGCCAGGACCUGUCGGCUUUCCUGGCGGAGCGGAGGUUCCUGCCGGAGGAGGAGGCGCGGGCGCUGUUCCGCCAGGUGCUGGAGGCCGUGCGGCACUGCACCAGCUGCGGGGUCCUGCACAGGGACAUCAAGCCUGAGAACAUCCUGCUCGACCUGGCCACCGGAGAGCUCAAACUCAUCGACUUUGGCUGUGGCGCCUUCCUCCAAGACACAGCCUACACCCAAUUUGCAGGAACCCUGUCCUACAGCCCACCAGAGUGGAUCCACCAGCAGCGCUACCACGGUGAGGCAGCAACGAUCUGGUCCCUGGGCCUCCUGCUGUACCACCUGGUCGUGGGGAAGCACCCGUUCAGGAGGGGCCAGCAGAUCAUCUGGGGCCGCAUCUUGUUCCCACGAUGGCUCUCUCCAGAGUGCCAGGAUGUCAUUAAGAGGUGUUUGUCCAUGCAACCCUUGGACAGGCCAUCCUUAGAAGACCUCUUCAAUGAUCCUUGGCUGCAGGGCGUUCAUCUGCCCUAGAAGAUGGGAGAGGUCCAUGUGCACAAUUGGAUCCAAAACCUGGCAGGGAAGGAGGAGCCCCUGGAGAAGCUCUGUCAGGUGGGGCUGCUGCUGGAGACACCAAGGACAACCUCAGGGAUGACAAUCUCUUCCUCCACCUGGUCACCAGCAGCUGAAGAUGAUGGAGUUUGAUUUUGGUACCUUCUUCAGAGACACGCUCCAUGCCCAAUCUGCAGGUGAGUCCACAGCCAGGGGGAUGCUCCCAGAUCCGGGCAUGGCACGGCCUGGCUGGGCACCAAAGGUUCCUCCCUUUGCUGGGGCGGAGGCAACAAAUCCUUCCCUGGGCUGUCCAGCUGCUUUUUGGCUCUGGGCAGCUGCUGAGGGGCUGGAUGUGGCAUGGCUGGCUGCAGGCUGGGCACAUGUGCUGCCCUCCUGCUCUGCCUCCAAGGGCAGCAGUGAUGGGGAGGUUUGGGCCCAGCUCUGAGCACGGCCAGCACGGCCUGGGCACUGCGGGUGGCUGGGACAAGGCACAGGAGCCUUCAGCUGACGGGCAGUUUCUGGUUUCUGUCCUUGCAGCCGGGCUCUGCGGGUGCUGAGGCUGCUCUGGGCUCUGCCAGGGCUCUGCUGGGCUCAGCCCUGGGCACGGCUGGGCUUGCUCUGCCCUCACAUUGCUCUGACAGCUUUGCAGCACACCAGCCCCUUCUGAGCACAGCGCCUGAGCUUUCUGCUUUGGCAGCUGAGUGAGACUCUCCUGCUGGCCCAGAGAUUGCAGGUAGAGAUCCACAUCCAAUUGGCAAGAACCCAAA